AUGCGUGGGUACCUCUUCGUGGUGUUCUUUCUCUACGGCCUGUGUGCGACGCUCUUUGCUUACCUAAUCUCCAUUGUCGUCACGUCGCAACUGGCGGCAUUUGCCUUCGCUGCCGGAGGCAUGGUGUCGCUCUACCUGAUAUACUUUAUCGGUUACAUGGCCAUACUGACUUACGCACCCGCAUACGCCAUUGACUCCUACAUUCAGUACUUCCACUGGACUGUCUCGUUGAUCUCGCCCUCCGCAAGCUUACUGAGGACGCAACUGCUUUCUCUCAACUCUUUCAGCGUACUAUGCGAUGGCAAUCAAAUUCCUAGCUAUCCUGGCGCUUUGACAGUGUACGGAGGACCCAUUUUGUAUCUCAUUGUACAAAUCAUAUUGCUUUUCACCGCUCUCGUGUGGUGGGACUCGGGCUACCGACCCGCGUUUCUCAACCGAGAAAAAAGCCGUCAGCAGCACUCGGAAGAGAACGUGGAUACCAUCCCUCCUGCUGUCGCUGCCGAAAUGACACGCGCUGAGCAGAGCAAAGACAGCCUACGUGCGCUGCAUUUACACAAAACGUUCGGCUCCAAUCACGCUGUGAACGACAUCACCUUUGGCAUCCCCCAAGGCCAGGUUUUCGCUCUUCUUGGUCCCAACGGUGCUGGAAAGUCCUCGACUAUCUCGCUCAUCCGUGGAGACAUUCAUCCUACGACACACAUCAACGGAGGUGGUGACGUUCUGAUCGAAGACAUCUCAAUCAUCAGCAAGCGUGCAGCCGCACGAGGUCAUCUCGGUGUGUGUCCGCAAUUCGAUGCCAUGGAUUCAAUGACAGUAACGGAGCAUCUGUACUUCUACGCUCGCGCUCGCGGCGUCCCCGACCCAAAGACCAGUGUUGAUGCGAUCCUCCAGGCUACCAGUUUGGGGCGCUUUCACGACCGUCUCGCGUCCAAACUCUCGGGUGGUAACAAGCGGAAGCUCAGUCUGGGCAUUGCAUUGAUGGGCAAUCCGUCUGUUUUACUGUUGGACGAACCGUCCUCGGGUAUGGAUGCAGCUGCGAAGAGAGUCAUGUGGCGCACACUGCUCGGUGUAGCGGCACCUGGGCGUGCCUUGUUGAUCACCACUCAUUCCAUGGAAGAAGCGGACAAGCUCGCCACCCGCGUCGGUAUCAUGAAGCGCAAAAUGCUUGCGCUGGGCACAGUCAGUGAUCUAGGGCAGCAGUAUGGCGAUGCUUGGGUCGUACAGCUUGUGCUCAAAUCUGCACCCGAAACCACAGAAAAAGAGAUGGAAGCCGUAAAGCAAUGGGUUCAGAGGAAGAUUCCCGGUGUUCAGCUCGACAAGUGGGGUUCGCGAGGUGGAGGCCACGGACAACUCCGAUUCAAAGUACUCAAGGCUGCUUCCCCCGAAUCGACUGCAUCGCCCGCGCAUCUUGACAAUGCUCAAGAUGGCAAGGUCACCGAAGCAGAGGUUCACCAAAUCAACACUUCGUCCUCAGCUGCUUCAGCAUCUGAUCUAGGCGGCAUCCCCGGCCUCAUCCAGUUGCUAGAAUCUAAUCGCCAAGAGCUAGGCUUGGAAUACUACUCGGUUUCGCCUACCACCUUGGACGAGGUGUUCCUCCGUGUUGUUGGCGAGGAGGAGGAAGAGACGAGUGGAAAGAAACCAAAGGGUACGAAGAGGAAUGGAUGGGGUCGCUUCAUAUGCUGUGGCUUGCUGCCUGCUUAG